CCGGCUCAGGUGAGUGUCCCUUCGGUGACGUCAGGUCACUCUCGGCCGCCCCUGCGGUCCGGCCCGCCCCGCGCUCCCGGUGCCUGCGGGGGCGCGCCCCUGACGCCCUACAAAUACUCAGGUGCGCCGCACCUGUCCGCCCGCACCUGCCCGCUCUCGGCUGAGCGACUUCUCCCUCUCACGGCAGCCUCAGGCCGACAGCGCAGGGUACUUUGGGGACCGCCGGCCCCCGUGAUCGCGCGCAUACUGCCCCUCCGCCUUUUGUUUGGGUAGGGUCUACGCGAGCGCCAGGGGGGACCGCCUGGCCCUCGCCGAUCGCUUUUUCGACCACCAGUCCUCGGGCGGAAACCUGUUCCUUGAGCUUGAAGACCCUCGCCCGCCGGAAGAAGGAUCGGUUUGUGUUUUCUUCGGGUGACAAAAAGAUUUGGAAUCACCGGACCCAAACCCUUCUCUUUGGGUGACUCGAGACUCCACUGCAAGUGGUCUUUUUGUGGGGCCGACCCCCCAGGCUUUGUCUGUUCUACCGCAGGGUCGCCCGCCCCGUCUUUCUGAGGGCAGAGAUGGCCAAUUCGGGCCUGCAGCUGCUGGGCUUCGCCAUGGCCCUGCUGGGCUGGGUGGCCCUGGUGGCGUGCACCGCCAUCCCACAGUGGCAGAUGAGUUCGUACGCGGGCGACAAUAUCAUCACGGCCCAGGCCAUGUACAAGGGGCUGUGGAUGGAGUGCAUCACGCAGAGCACCGGCCUCAUGAGCUGCAAAUCGUACGACUCGGUGCUCGCCCUGUCCGCGGCCCUGCAGGCCACCCGAGCCCUGAUGGUGGUAUCCCUGGUGCUGGGCUUCCUGGCCAUGUUCGUGGCCACCAUGGGCAUGAAGUGCACCAACUGCGGGGGAGACGACAAAGUGAAGAAAGCCCGAAUAGCCACGACUGGAGGGAUCAUUUUCAUCGUGGCAGGUCUUGCUGCCCUGGUAGCAUGUUCCUGGUACGGCCACCAGAUUGUCACCGACUUUUAUAACCCACUGGUUCCCAUGAAUCUUAAGUACGAGUUUGGUCCUGCCAUCUUCAUUGGCUGGGCAGGGUGUGCUCUGGUCAUCCUGGGAGGUGCCCUCCUCUCCUGCUCCUGUCCUGGGAGGGAGGACAAAACUGGGUACCGUGCACCCCGCUCCUACCCUAAGCCUAACUCUGCCAAGGAGUACGUGUGAGCUGGGACCACCCCUGCACCAGCUGGGCAGCCUCUGGUAUGCCCAGGUACCAGAAAUAACCUGGGGCAGAUCU